AUGGGGAUUGACCUCGGGACUUGCAACACGCUCGUUGCCGUCCGCGGGCAGGGGAUCGUUCUCAAUGAACCUUCUGUCGUCGCUGUCAAAAAGGGCACCAAUCAGGUCCUCAAAGGCGGACAAGCCGUCGGUUGGGUCGCGAAGGAAAUGCUCGGGAAGACUCCCGGAUCCAUCACCGCGGUCCGUCCGCUCAAAGACGGCGUGAUCUCAGACUUCGAGAUCACCGAAGCGAUGCUCAACUACUUCAUCACCAAAGUCACCGGACGCGUCCGCAUGCUCGGACCACGCGUAGUGAUCUCUAUCCCGUCGGGGAUCACCGCUGUUGAAAAACGCGCCGUGUUUGAUUCCGCUGAGCACGCCGGCGCUCGCAAGACGUACCUGCUCGAAGAACCCAUCGCCGCCGCGAUCGGCGCGGGACUCCCGUUCGCAGAACCCACGGCGUCCAUGAUCGUGGACAUCGGCGGUGGUACGACUGAAGUCGCGAUCAUGGCGCUCGCGGACAUCGCGAACUGCGAGUCCGUCCGCGUCGCGGGCGACGACAUGGACGAAGCGAUCAUCGCGCACAUGAAGCGGACCUACUCGCUCAUGAUCGGUGAGCAGACCGCUGAGCGCGUCAAGAUCCAGAUCGGUUCCGCGGCUCCAACAGGUGAAGAAACCGAGAUGGAAGUCCGCGGACGCGACAUGGUCUCCGGACUCCCUCGAAAAACAACCAUCACCUCGCAAGAAGUCCGCGAGGCGCUCUCCGAGCCUGUCACCAACAUCAUCGAAGCGGUCACACGCACGCUCGAAAGAGCAGAACCCGAACUCGCGGCGGACCUCGUUGAAAACGGCAUCAUGCUCGCCGGCGGCGGUUCACUGCUCUCUGGUCUCCCGAUCCAGAUCAACAAAGCGACAGGACUCGAUGUCACCCUCGCCGAGGAUCCGCUGACCUGCGUGGCGCGCGGGACCGCGAUCUAUCUUGAGAACAUCGAUGUCUGGAAAGACACGCUCGAGAACAACUCGGACAUCUGA